AUGGAAAAGGGAAACAUAGACGAUAUCUGGACAAUUCAAAAAGUCGGUACACCGUUUCCGUCGAACGUGGCAAAGGCGCCUGGUGAAACCAACAAAUAUGUGGCACUAUGGUACAAGCAUGGGAAGCCAGUGAUGGGAAGAGCCUGGAAUGAUUCUGGAGUUGUUAAAUGCACAUUUGUGGCAGAUAACAAGAUCUACAGUGGUCCAGACGUUGGUGGAAGCAUCCAGUUGCUGAUAAUUGAACCUGGUGAUAACAAACCACGCUCGUUUCAUUACGAUUGGGUCAACUACAAAAAAGCUCAAAGUUUGACAAUUGAAGGAAAAUAUGAGAUGGUUCGAUGCGAGUACAGUGCAUCCGUUUAUUGGCCAGAACACGGAUUGCUGGGAUGUAUUAGUACAGAUAAGCUUGUCGCUUAUUUUGUAGACAAUGACUCUCAAAUCAUGAGCACGAAGAAAACGGACGAGCUUCUUGUGCUCUGUAAAAUUGCUGGAACAAAAGAAGCGCAUGUUGUGGAGAAGGAAAAGGAGAAGAGCUUGGUUGGAAGUGCUAUUAUGAGGUUGUCUACUGUUAACAAUGAUUGGGAAGAUUUCAACUGGGGAAGUGCAUGGCCAGUCAGCAAAAAUGUGAUGAGCACUCCAAAGAACAUUCCCUCAGUUGGUUUUGACCAAUUCGUUGCCCUAUGGUAUCGCCACGGAAAACCAGUGAUGGGAAGAGCAUGGCAGAAGAACGGAAGAAUCGAGGCAUUGUUUGUAGACUCGAAUCGAGAAUUCACAGGAGCUACAGUAGGUUCUCUUCAACUUUUGAUCAGCCUACCUCCCACUACAGUUGGAUACGACUAUGUAUGGAUGACCUACGGACAGGCGGUCGACUAUCGCGACAAGGACUACGUGCCAGUACAUCUCAGCUACAUUUGUCCAGCCAUAGUUCCUGUCAAUGGUAAACAUCUUCUAGGACAGGUGAACAUGAAGACGGAAUGUGCUACGGUGGCGUUGGAUGGAAUGGUGACCCAGCUAGAUGGUGGACCCGUCAAGUCGAUAUUUGUUCUUUGCCGACGCGAGAUGGCAGAGACUAUGCUCAUUUGA